GGGUCUUGUGACUUCACCGUCUUCGGUCAGCAUGAUCACCGCCGUGGGGUUCGGGCUGCUGUCGCUGGUCCUCGGCUUUGGCGAGGGGCUGGAGCACAACCGCGUCGGCGGACGGGCCGAGCCCGUCGUCCAGGCUUCGAGGUACGGCUCUCUGUGGCCUCUGCCGCAGAAAGUGCAGAUCUCCGAGGUUUCAUUGAAGUUGAGCACCUCCAGCUUCAGAAUUGUGGACGCCAAAGACUCAUCCGCUGGCCCGAGCUGCAGCGUCCUGCAGAAUGCGUACAGGAGGUAUUACGAAUACUUGUUUGGCGGCGCUAAGAGGCAGAGGCAGGGGCAGAGCAAGAGCAGGCGAGCAGGCCCCUCGGAGCUGACGGAGCUGCAGGUGUGGAUCACAGCAUCGGACUCCGAGUGCGACGGUUUCCCCACCGUGGCGUCCAACGAGUCGUAUGAACUGUCAGUGGGGCAGCCGUUUGCCGUCCUGAAAGCACCAAAUGUCUGGGGAGCCCUGCAUGGUUUGGAAACUUUCAGCCAGUUGGUGUACAAAGAUGAAUACGGAGCUAAAAGCAUCAAUUCCACAGCAAUCAGUGACUUCCCCAGAUUUGCACAUAGAGGCAUCUUACUGGACAGCUCUCGGCAUUUCCUGCCCAUUAAAGUCAUCUUGGCUAAUCUGGAAACAAUGGCGAUGAACAAAUUCAAUGUCUUCCACUGGCACAUCGUCGAUGAUCCGUCCUUCCCUUACCUGAGCCGAACGUUCCCGCAGCUGAGCAAGCAGGGAGCUUACCAUCCAUACACACACGUGUACACACCUGCUGAUGUGAAGAUGGUGAUUGAGUUUGCCCGUCUGAGAGGCAUUCGCGUCGUCCCAGAGUUCGACACUCCAGGACACACACAGUCUUGGGGCAAAGGCCAAACAGAUCUGCUCACACCCUGUUACUCUGGCUCCAAACCCUCUGGCACCUUCGGACCAGUAAACCCCAUCCUGAACACCACGUAUGACUUCAUGAAGCAGUUCUUCAGCGAGAUCAGCACUGUGUUCCCCGAUGCCUACGUUCACCUGGGGGGUGAUGAGGUGGACUUCACCUGCUGGAAGUCCAACCCCGACAUUCAGAAGUUUAUGGAUCAGCAUGGCUUCGGACAAGACUACAGCAAACUGGAAUCAUUUUACAUCCAGAAACUCUUGGAUAUUGUCACCACUACCAAGAAGGGCUACAUGAUCUGGCAGGAGGUCUUUGACAAUGGUGUUAAGCUGAAACCAGACACACUUAUCCACGUUUGGAAAGGAAACCAGCAGCAAUACCAGAAUGAGAUGGCAAAUGUUACAUCAUCAGGGUACCAGACCCUGCUGUCCACGCCCUGGUACCUGAACCGUAUCUCCUACGGCCAGGACUGGCAGGGCUAUUACAAGGCAGACCCGCAGGAUUUUAAUGGAACUGAAGAGCAGAAGAAACUUGUGAUUGGUGGAGAAGCCUGUUUGUGGGGAGAAUAUGUGGACGCCACCAACCUGACACCCAGACUCUGGCCUCGUGCCAGUGCUGUGGCAGAGCGUCUGUGGAGUGCCAAGGACGUGACUGACAUCAACGAUGCCUUCAACAGACUGUCCAUGCACCGCUGUCGUAUGGUGGAGCGCGGGAUCCCAGCUGAGCCGUUGUUUUCCAGCUACUGUCCCCAUGAGUACAAAGGUAUCUGAAAACACCUGAGAGGCUGGCCAUGGGGACGGGAGAUGGAAUCAAAUCCAUGUUCGAUCAACUCCAUGCUUGCAUUUUAAACUGAGAAAUCAAACGCCAAACAGCCUUUGUAGAGAAGCACUGAGGCACAUCAUCCUUUUUGAAUCUGCUCUACAGAACUCUUGAUCACAUUUAAUUCUAUAAACAUCCUGAAAUUACGAAAGCAGUUUUUUUUGUUCUUUUUUUCUUAAAUUAAUGUUUGUAUAUUUGAUUGUGAAUUUUAGGUGCUAGUUGGUUCUUUUGUAUUUAAAAAAUGAAAUGACGAAUAAAUUGGCUGCACAUUUA